UCUUAUUGUUUCUGCGCUCAGCCUGCCUGUUAAAAGAGCCCAACGCGCGAGUCUACUGACCUAAAUCAUUCUUCCAUUCUUAUCCCACUGCAGGUCCUUGUUACCGAAGGUCGGGAGGAAGUCGUUUGUGGAGAAGCAAUCUGUCUGUCAUGAUCGCUACCACUGGUGGUGAUAAGAUAGCCCUCGACAACCGCCUAGCCGACCUUACAGGAGUCGUAUCCAAGGACUCACCUCAUCCAAUAGCGCACGGUAGUUUCGGGGAUGUGUGGAAAUGCACCUAUACUGCAUCUAACCGUCAAGGCUCGGAGGUAGCAGUCAAAUCUAUAAGGAUCGAUGAGUCGCAGGUGACGAUUUCAGGGCCAGACUCGGAGUUACUCAAAGACUCCUGGGCAAUUUACGGAAGCAACUGCCAUCACGAAAAUAUUUUGCCUUUGCGUGGUUUCAGUCACGGAUUUAAGCUACUUUCAGCGAUAAUUUUCCCAUGGACACAAUGGCUCACUCACCGCAUACCUUGGACACCGGUUCAUAGAAUCAACCAUCCAACGAACAUACGAGCGUUGCGUUUCUCAGGCACGCUCGCAUGUUCGUUUGAUGGUCAAUUCUGUGAAAUGGUGUUCAAGAUAUGUAGUGAGCGAGCUAUUGUGUAUCCAUGGGAAAACGGUCGCUGGAAGUAGCCCAAAUUCGUGACUGAAACCACGCAGAGGCAAAAGAUUUUCGUGACGGCAGUUGCUUCCGUGUACGGAAACCAUGUUUCAUGGGACUGAGACUGAAGAGAAGGUAACACCUUAUGUAUAUGUAUACGCAGCCAUUUACAUAUUGUUGGAGCUGUACUAAUAAAUCAAACCAAACUUGACUGAGUCUGCCGCAUGAUCACACUAUGUAGUAUAGUUUCCUGCGACGAAGAGUUGUUUCUACGUUAUGUACCUGCAGAAUUCAGCACGUCCAAUAUUUGCGACAUUUGAAGUGCAAGUGAGCUCAAGUUACCCUUUUUCUACCUUUAAGCCGUUGUCAUCGGAGCAGGCAAAACAGCUACGCUAGCA